CCUCUUUAGAUCUUUUUCCCCUUGUUGUUCUCCCACUCCUCUCCGGUAAAUUAAAACCCUUAAUUAAACAACUCCCCCAAACCAUCCCUUCCCUUUUAUUCUCUUAGUUAACUAAUUUCCUCAGGGAGAGGAAAAGAAAAGUGAAGAAUGGAGUUUUGGUUUCGUAGAGAGAGCCAAGCCCAGCGCCAACACCACCACCACCAGCAACAACCAUGUAUUGCUGAUGCUUUUGGUGAUGACGUGGUGGCUUUGGCUGUGGAGAAGGGCAACGGCUUUUUCUUGGGUGGUGAGGAUUUCAUGGUGGAUGAUUUGCUGGACCUCGGUGAACUUGAAACUGAAGAAGAAGAAGAAGAAGAAGAAGAAGAAGAUGGUGAUGAUGAGCGCCACAAGGAAACCCAACAAGGAGGACUAGGGCAAGGAGGAGGAGGAGGAGAAGGAGGAGAAGAAGAAGAAAGAGGAAAAGAGAUUGUUGGAGCUGAAGCUGGGGAAGAUAACAAGAAGCCUGAUGUCUCCUUUGAGCCUGAAGCCACCCCUUCUUGUUCUCCUGUUUCUGAACUCAGUCUUCCGAUGCACGAUGGGGCGGAGUUGGAAUGGGUAUCACGCAUCGUGGACGACUCCCUCUCUGAAUUCCCGACACCACCGAGCAGCAGCAGCAGCAAGCAGGCAGCAGCAAGCAACUGUGGCCGCUGCGAAAGGCACCCGAUUUAUUAUUACUCCUCCUCGCCCUCCUCCUGGGGCGGAGGGGCCCCACUUCUCCUCCUCGAUGCUUUACCCACAUCUACUUCCUCCUCCUCCUCCUCCUCCUGCUCCUCCCCAUUAUCAUCCUCACCGUCACCAUCGCUGUCAUCCCGUUUCAUUUUGGCCCACCACCUAGCAAGAGUAAGAAGAAGAAGAAGAGAGGACGCAAGCAGUUCGUCAAUGGUGCAAAGGGAAGAGGCGAUGCAGCCACUGGUGGCGUUAACUAAGACUCCUCAGUGACCCGAAGGAGCCAAAACUCUGUGCAACGCAUGUGGGGUCCGAUACAAGUCGGGGCGUCUCCUCCCGGAGUACCGCCCCGCAUGCAGCCCCACCUUCAUCAGUCACAUCCACUCCAACAGUCAUCGCAAAGUCAUGGAGAUGAGGCGUAGCAAGGAACCUCAAGAGCAAGAUGAUGAACAAGAGGCCAAAGGCCAGGACAGGCUUCUUCUCAUUUCCUCCGUAGCCUAGCGCUAUCACUCCACUCUGCCUCUGCCCUGGACGUUUUUGGCCUGCCUCCAUCCACUUUACAUUCUCCCCUUCAUAAAAAAUAAUAAUUAAUUACAUGUUUAGAAAUUAAGAAAUUUAGGUAGAAGCAGGCAUCAGAUGUUAUUAGUGGUUUUUAUUUGCUUUUAAUUAGGUCGUGUUAGGGUUUGGGGGUAGAAAUUUCUCCUCGUUUUGCAGGAUAUAAAAUAACAGAUGUAAGGAGAGUAGGGAAGGGGAAUUAGUCAGGAAUUAGGCUUUAGGGAGGAGGAUACGGAGGGGUAAAAGGAAAAGUGUUAGCGUGAAUAUUUCUCAAAUUCGCCUGCUGUAAUUUUUCCUUAUGAAACUUAGUUUUAGUUUUUAAUUAGGAGUAUGAAGAUGGUAUUGAUGGAGUUGCAGAACCAUCGACCUUUCCUUUUCCUUUUGUAAGGCAUCCGUAUAAAUUUUCUGUUAUUUCUCUUUUCAUUUUUUUUCCCCAACCAUAUAUGUUGCUUAUAAUCAAAUAGACAUGAAUGGAGAUCGUUAGAGUCAGAGACACA